UUUGGCAAAGAAAGUUUCAACCAAUCUGAGGUGAUGGUAAUGUGAAAGUUCGUGUUUUGAAAGCAGUUGCAAUCAUGUGAUUUAGUUUAGAUUAAUCACGUAAAAAAAUUUUUAAUGUGAUUUGUCGUUAUCAGAGUGCAUUUAGCGUUAUUUUAAAAGCCAAGUUUCUAAUUUUUAUUACUUCUAACUUUUGUCUAGGUCGUCCUAUAUGAAAAUAUGGCCUUUACAUUGCAAUGCCUCGCUGUCUUUUUGAUUUCGUUUUUUACAAUCAACUUUGCUCAUCCGGAUGAAGUAAAGACCUUACCCGGUCUCAAAUACUCUAUAAAUUUUAAGCAUUAUUCUGGAUAUCUGAAUGCUACUAAUGGAAAAUUUCUUCAUUAUUGGUUUGUUGAAAGCCAGCGUUCUCCAUCUUCUGAUCCAGUAGUGUUAUGGAUGAAUGGUGGUCCUGGUUGUAGUUCUCUUGAUGGUUUCCUUAGUGAACUCGGUCCUUUCCAUGUGUUAGCUGAUGGAAGAACUCUGUAUAAUAACACUUAUUCAUGGAAUAGAGUAGCUAAUGUAUUGUUUUUAGAAGCUCCAGCUGGUGUUGGAUUUUCUUAUUCUCGGGACCAAAGAUAUGACACAGAUGAUGAUACAGUUUCAUAUGAUAACUAUUUAGCAAUACAGCAUUUUUUUAAAAAAUUUCCCCAAUUUAAGAAGAAUGAUUUCUAUAUUACGGGUGAAAGUUAUGGAGGCAUUUAUAUUCCUACACUCUCGGUGCGUGUCUUGACAGGACCAGCAGAUAUAAAUUUCAAAGGCUUUGCAGUUGGAAAUGGAUAUUUAGAUGCUGCUAACUUAACUAAUUCCAUAGUCUUUUUUGCUUAUUAUCAUGGUUUAAUUGGACCAAAAUUAUGGAGUCGUCUAUCAACUUAUUGUUGUAGUGGCAUUGCAUCUCAAGAGACAUGUAAUUUUUAUAGUCCUCCUUCUAUGAAAUGCGGUGAAGCCAUCCAAGAAGUUACAGAAAUUGUUGAUGGCUCUGGUCUGAAUAUAUACAAUUUAUAUGCAGACUGUGAAACGAGUUCAGAGAGAAUUUCAAGAUAUGCAGUUGAUAAAAGAAACAUUCUUCGCCAUUUUCCAAAACCAAAUUAUACAUACAAAUUCAGAGAUGAUCCACCGUGCAUUGAUUCUUCUAAUGUACGUAAAUGGUUAAAUCAGCCAUCAGUUCGUGAGGCUCUUCAUAUUCCUUCAAAUGUUCAACCAUGGGAAGUUUGUAGUUUAGAAGUCGAAAUGGGAUACAGGAGAAUUUAUAACACAAUGCGACCUCAGGUUUUACAACUGAUAAAGUCUGGAAGACUAAGAGGGCUGAUUUAUAAUGGUGAUGUAGAUAUGGCAUGCAAUUUCUUAGGAGAUGAAUGGUUUACCUAUGGUCUAGGACUCAAAGUGACGAAAGAUUAUGAAAUUUGGAAAUUCAAUGAUCAAGUGGCUGGUUUUGUAAAAUCAUAUGGCAACCUAACCUUUUUAACCGUAAAAGGUUCAGGACAUAUGGUGCCACAAGAUAAGCCUGGUCCCGCUUUUAAAAUGAUAUCCAGUUUUCUAAGUAAUAAGCCUUACUAAAUAUUGGACUUCAUUUAAAAUAAGUGAAGCCAAAGACAUCAGGAAAAAAAAUAGUCGGCUAUUUCUUUUAUCUUAUUGAUUAGCAGAUCAAAUUCUAUGAACAAAUUAUCAGUGCUUAAAGGAAAAUAAUUUUUAGCUCAUAGAAUAAUUAAAAGCUGCAAUGAAAAAUUUUCAGUAGAUUAUUUUUAUUGCUUUUGUGUCCCUUAUAUUUAAACUAUGCAUUAUUUAUGUAACUUAAUUUUAUUUAUAAUAAAAGAUUAAAAUGAUAAGUA